GACCAUGGAGACAGAGCAUAGCCAUUGAUCACCCUCUCCCCAUGAAUUUGCCCAGUCCUCUUUUAAAGCCAUCUAGGUUGGUGGCCACCGCUGCCUCCUUUGUGAUGGAGUUCAAUAUGUGCUGCAUGAGCCAGUGCUUUCUUUGAUCUGUCCAUGAAUUUGCAAGGGAGCAGAUGGUCCUUUGGAUAACAAGUGUGGCUUGGCAUGCCAGAUCAAAACUUUAAAAUGUUUUCUUUACCUUCAACUCUCAGGGACUGGUGUAGAGUGGACCAAGACUCCGUGGUGGCUGAGCAUGGGGAAUUGGGAAUGGCAGCAAAUGCGAUCUCACGGCUGAAAGUUGCCCAUGCCAAAUUCCCCCUCUGCCUCCCAUGUUUACAUUUCAGAAUUGCUGAGCCCUUGGGCCUCAGUGGUACAGCAUCUGCUUUGCACGCUGGAGAUCCAAGAUUCAAUCCCCAAUGGCAGCACAGGAUCAUAGAAUCCUAUUCCAGGUAGGGUUUGGAAUCUCCUGAAAGCCCAGGGGAGAUACAGCCGGUCAGCAUAGAUAGUGGCUGGACUCUGCUUGGUAGAAGGUCAGAUUUGUCAGGGUGCAAAGCCCUGCUCACCUGUAUAAGCAAAGUAGCCAUUUCCCAGUUCAGCCCAAGCUCAUCAUUUGGGAUUCUUAUGAAUAUGGAAUAAGGGUAAUCCCACAUCCACCACCUCUCAGAUGCUAUAAAAAAAUAAUAAAAGUGCCUCUUUUCCUGUUUUCUAACAUUGACAUACUAGAAGGAUUAAGGUCAAGUCUGUAAAGGGUGUCAAAACCCAGAACUAUUGGAAGACAAAAAAAUUAUAAAAUGCACUGCUGUUCAGCAAUAGACAAGCUGAGGGUAACCUCUGCUGGAGGAAGGAGAAAAGGGCUGCUUUGGAAAUCCUGAGUUGCAGCAACACCCAACAUAACAGAAAACUGGCCAGUAUUUUCCUUAACAUUUAAAGGCUUAUAGCUGGUAGACAAGCUUUUGCCAACCUGGUGCCCUCCAGCUAUUUUGGACUACAGUUCUUAUCAGCCUCAGUUGUAGUCCAGAACAUGUGGAGGACAUGAAGCUGGUGAUGGCUGUGCUAAUUUGUCAAAAUACCACUUUUUGGCAAUUCCUAUUUAAAGUUUCGAAACCAGUUUCACUGAGGUAUCGACAGACACUCAAGAUUAGGAAAGUGUCAUCGCAGGUUACACUUGUUCCUUAUCAUUCAGCUGUGAAUUAAAAGGCCAGGAGAAGAAGACUCUUCUCCCCAAAUGCACAGAGUUUAUAAUUUGACUGAUCUAAACAUCUUUUCAUCUUCUGGUCACCCUUCAGAGCAACCAAGAGACUGGGCAGGGCAAUAUAAAACAGAGGUGCAAUGCAAAACUCUUUCUCAGACACUGUAGCAACAACCCUGCCAUGCCCUCUUCUGUUUGACAGUUCCACAGCUUGAGCUGCAGACUACUCACAACUCCCACCUGGAAUAAGGAGAGCUAUAAUUUUACCUUGCAGUGGGUGUCAGGCCCAUAAAAAAGAAGCUGGCAACCUUGUCCCUGCCAAUAAUAUUUAAUGUACAGGUGGACGUUGUUUUAACAUUGGUGGAAAACCUGUUUCAGCCAAAGAUUUGCAUUCUUAGUGUUCGGCACAUUGAGAGCAAAAGCAGUCAAAGUAACGCAUGCAAUUUUUACCUUACUUUAGUAGGUUAUUUUCCGGCUAGAUAAAAGUCAGAGUUUGUUCUACAGCUACACCUCUUCAGGACAAGCAACAGGCAUUGCAGUGCAAGAAAACAUUCCACCCAGGCAAAACCACCUAAAGGAUGCACAGCAGGGCUGGCAAGGGUGUGUGGCUCGAUAAGGCAAAACUCAUUCGGGGGGAAACUGCUGAAACUAAAAGUCAGAAGAUCUCUCACCCAAUUUUUACACAAUGUAAAAAUAACCCACUCAUCAGCUGCACCCUUUAAUGUCAGAUAGGGAGACUGAUCUUUCAAGAGCCAUAAAAUAUGCUUCUCCUAAAUAAGACGUUCAUUGUUAGCAAAACUGUCAGUCUUUUCCUAGGUUUUUCUGAAUGUGUUGUGUGGUUAUAAACCACAGCAGGGGAGGGUGCUCUUGUGGUUGAAUCCUGCUUUCAGGUUUCCCAUUGAGGCACCCGGUUGGCCACAGUAAGAAGAUGAUGCUGGACUAGAUUGGCAGCUGGCCUAAUUCAGGAGGCUGUUACGUUCUUAAAUUCUUAACUGGUAUAUGCCUUGGUAAUGCUGCUGCCAUUUAUAUAUAACAGUUUUUAAAAAGCAUUGUUGUAUGACCCCAGCGCCAAUAAUCAUUAUCUCUUUAUCCAGGGAAUGUGAAUGAAACAAACCAGAUUAAUUUUGUGUGUGUGUCUUUAAUUCUAGUUUUCUUUCAUUUGUUGUUUUUCUUUAACUUUUUCGUUCUUGUGUGUUUUUGAAGUGUAUGCUCUUGUUUAAAUAAGUAAAAAAUGUUUUUUAAAAAAUACUGCUGCCGUUACCAGUAUUUCAGGAGCGCUGUAUGUAUUGUUUUUGUGCUAUUUCAAAACUGACAAAGUUUCAGGAAGCAUAUGUAAUUCUAGUUAUGUGUAUUUAAAAAAAAAAAGUUUUGCUGAUUUAUUCCAGAGUCAUUGGUAAUUCUGUUAAGUACACAGCUUAGGGAAUUUUCUGAUUAAAUGGCCUAUAAUUUGUUUUCAAAAUAAAAAACUGGUUUGUGUGGACUAUGCCCAUAAAUGUGUCCUAUAAAUGAAUAUAAUUCAGCAGGGGAAGAUUUUCCCCAUUUGUCGUGGGGAAGAGGAUGAAGAUUUGGUUGCUUCUCCAUCAUUAUGAAAGGCUGAAGACAAAAGAGGCCUGCAUCCCGUUGCCAUGGAGAUGGGAUGAGUCAAGAUGGUACCCGCUCAGACAGUAGGUCGAAAGAAGAAAGCGACCCUCUCUGUCUCUAUGGCAGCAAGAAAGCCGCAGGCUCACCGCUUCUCGUCGCUAUGGGAGACAGAGCUUUCCCUCUCCCCGCGUAUUUUGGACUGAACCAAUAGGAUGUGGGGGUUCCUUACGACACGCCCCUCCCAUUGCAACGCCUACUUUCCCCCUCUCUGCCUCCUCCCCACCUAGGUCCCGUUAGCUCGGGAGGUACCCGGAUGGAGUGGCACGCAUGCGCACAAGCUGACAGGCGCGAAGCUGACAGGCACUGAGGAGGUGCUGGUGGGCCUCGCGUGAGGGGGUCGGGGGUGGGGAAUAAAUAUAUAUACUUAAGGUGGGACGCGCUGAGGAGGAGUGAAGCGCCGUCAUUUCCCCAAGGAGGGAAAACCAGACAGACGUUCAGGCAAACCUCCUUAUUCCAGCGCCAGUUGCUUGCAGUGCUGAUGUUCUGCUCCGUUACAUGUCAGGAUUUGUCUGGAUGACCGAGAAAUGAAAUGAUUAUAAGAAGCAAUUCCGGCGAUUUCUGCAUGCACGUCAGAACCCAGCUUUGCCACGGCUGCCCGCCCAGCAGACCUGCUUACAAGAGCCGGAGGGAUGGUGGUAGUCACGGGGCAGACCAAAGUGAGCGAUGCCAUGUCGAGUUCGGAUGCGGAGGAUGACUCUCAAGAGCCUGCCACGCCAACGGCCACCCAGGCAGAGCACGCCCUGUCCCUCCUGCCUCAGCAGUUCCCUGAAGUGGUUCCACUGAAUGUUGGAGGAGCUUAUUUCACUACCAGGUUGUCAACACUGCGGCGCUACGAAGACACAAUGCUCUCGGCUAUGUUCAGUGGCCGACACUACAUCCCAACGGAUGCGGAGGGGAGAUACUUUAUUGACCGAGAUGGGAAGUUCUUUGGGGAUGUGCUCAAUUUCCUGCGGUCUGGCGACUUGCCUCCAAGGGAACGCGUGAGGGCAGUUUACAAGGAAGCCCAAUAUUAUUCCAUUGGACCCUUGCUAGACCUUCUUGAAGAGCUCCAGCCCCUCAAAGGAGAAAAAGUCCGGCAGGCUUUCCUGGGCUUGAUGCCAUAUUACAAAGAGCACCUGGAGCGGAUUGUGGAGAUUGCAAAGCUGCGCGCCAUGCAGCGGAAGGCCCGCUUUGCCAAGCUGAAGAUCUGCGUCUUCAAGGAGGAGAUGCCCAUCACGCCCUAUGAGUGCCCGCUCUUCAACUCCCUGCGCUUUGAGCGAAGCGAAGGUGAGGCCAAGCUUUUUGAGCACCACUGUGAGGUGGACGUGUCCUUUGGGCCCUGGGAGGCUGUGGCGGACGUGUACGACCUCCUCCACUGCAUCGUGACGGACCUCUCCAGCAGGGGCAUCACGGUGGACCACCAGUGCAUUGGGGUCUGCGACAAGCACCUGAUCAACCACUACUACUGCAAGCGCCCCAUUUACGAAUUCAAGAUCACAUGGUGGUGAGCCCAACUGGGCGUGGGAAGAGAUAGCUGGCUGGUUUUGCCAUCUUCUCCAUGGCCUUGUUGCCCUGCGUUCCGAGAAACGGUGGCACUGCUGAUAACGUGCUGGAGUCUUAUCUUGGCAGGAGAACUUGACCUCCAUUCAUAGCUAUGCAGCAAACUGGGGUCUCUCCUGUGAUUCUUGCUUCAAGGAAGAGAAAUCCUUCUGGAAGGACACAUGCUACUGUGGCUGACACACAGGGUCCCAGUAGAGGUAUAUGCCAGUUGGUGUGUAUUGAGGUUUUUGGAAGGGCUCUAACCUGCAAUCAAGCCUUUUUCGGUCCACGCUGGUCUCACUUGCCUGCACUUGCCUAGGGGGCACCGCCACACCGUUGCACAAUCUUCCAACUGCACCCCUGGGGACAUAGCUGUUUUGUAGCCACCUGGCGUUGGAAGUGCACAGGAGCACUUUAUUUUUACACCACUUCCGCUGGCAUGUGACUUUUUGCUGCUGUUUCGACCUUCAGGACAGAAGGACAAAGUACUUUUCAGAGAUGCUGAGGUUUCAGAAGUGAAUUAUCUCUACAAAUGUCUGAACUUUCUCUGUGUUAAAUCCCUGCUUUAUUUAUGUGUCUGUAUUGGUUAAUUCUUUUACGUGUUUGUGUUGAAAUUUAAUUUAUUUCCACUCCCCUGACCCCAAAGGGCAGGUGUUGGGUGUUUCUUUUUAACUCCUUGGUGCUUGCUCAGACCGCAUAGGUUGCAUUCGUAAAUGAAUUCAAAAAUAACGGUUAUAUAGAUAUUAAAAAUGUGCCUGUUUAUUGCUUUGGGUGCUUUAGCUGUUGACUAUACCUGGAUGGAAACUUCUCCUGCACUUUGAUGAAGUGUCAGUGAGCCAGCCCCAAAUCUCAUGGCCAGAAGUUACUGUUAGCAUGGAAACUUUCUCAGCUUGGCGAUGGCUGGCAUGCUUCUUUGGGGAUUGGAGCAUGCAGGAUCAUCGCAGCCAGAUGUUUUAUUGGAUUGGCCUAUUAUUGGCUGAAUUAAGAGCACAUGAUUAAACUGCGGAACUUUCCGCCACAGGAGGCAGUGAUGACCACCAAUUUAGAUGGUUUUAAAAGAGGAUUGGAUAAAUUCAUGGAGGAAAGGG